UACUCGGUUCGCAUUUUCAAUGAAAAUCAUUAAAAUGUCAUUUUUUGAAUAAGUGAAAUGUAGUUAAUUGCCCCCACACACACGCACAUAUCAGUGGCGCCACACAAUAAACGUCCACACACCAAGCCAUGCCAACGCCACAGUCAAAACGAACUCACAACAAACACGUGAAACAGCCACUGAAGUAAAUAAACCGAAUCUGUCGUGGAAGAGGGAACUUGUUUCGAUGGAGCAUCUGUCCGUGCGCUGGUUGCGCCGUUAUCGCUCUUUCUUUAUAGUCAUACUGAUGAUCAUUGCCAUUCAGGUGUUUCUCGCCUACAAAUCUCUGGACAUAGCUAACGUUGAUUUCGUCAAUCCUUUGCGUAAACGAGAUGUUGCUGCCGUCUCUAAAUCUGCCUCAGCACCAACCCAUUCAGCCACAGAAGCGUCUGUAGAGCAGGCGGCCUCUGUAAAGGAGGACCAAGAACAACAACAACAGAAGCCACCAGUGCCUGUUAAAAGUCAACCAAAACUCUCUAUCAAGCAGCUGGAGUUGGGCUUUGAGCCCGAAUGUGAUAUUAAUGCCAAGGAAGCAAUAUCGGCGCUGCAGCGUGCCAAAACAAAAGACUGUCGUCAACAUAUCGCACACAUCGCCUGUGCCAUACAGGCCGGACGCUUCUAUGCCACCAAGCUGCGAAGUGGUUGUCCAGCUGGCAACUACACGGCCAACGUCUCCCUAGGUUGCUAUCGCGAUGAAAAGGACCAUCGCCUGCUGGGCGGCUAUUUUGUCAGCUUUAAAACGUACAAUUCGCCCAGCCGAUGCGUGGAGCUCUGUCUGCAGUCGGGUUACCCCUAUGCAGGUGUCCAGUACGGGAGAGAGUGCUUCUGUGGUUUCGACGCACCACCCACUGCCACCAAGUUGCCCGAUUCUAGCUGCAACAAUAAGUGUUUGGCCAAUGCCAAGGAAAUCUGUGGCGGCUACUUCGCCAUGAACGUGUACGAGACUGGAAUAGCCAAAUUCACGGCUCAAGUAGCAGCCAGCACGGCAGCACCGGACGUGGAACGGGUUCGCAUUGCAUUUCUGCUCACGUUAAAUGGACGGGCACUUCGUCAAGUGCAUCGACUGAUUAAAGCGCUCUACGCGCCAAAUCACGUCUACUACAUACACGUGGAUGCGCGCCAGGAUUAUCUGUAUCGAAAAUUGUUGGAGCUGGAGCCGAAAUUUCCAAACAUACGACUGGCACGUACACGCUUUUCAACCAUUUGGGGAGGCGCCUCAUUGCUCACAAUGUUGCUGCACUGUAUGCAGGAUCUGCUCAAGUCCUCGGCGGAAUGGGACUUUGUCAUUAAUUUGAGUGAAAGUGAUUUCCCGGUGAAGACGCUGGACAAGCUGGAAGAUUUUCUUACAGCAAACCGGGGACGGAACUUUGUGAAGAGCCAUGGACGCGAGACUCAGCGUUUCAUUCAGAAGCAGGGACUCGACAAGACUUUUGUGGAAUGCGAUACGCACAUGUGGCGUAUUGGAGACCGCAAGCUGCCCGCUGGUAUACAAGUGGAUGGCGGCAGCGAUUGGGUAGCUUUGUCGCGUCCCUUUGUCGCCUACGUGACUCACCCGGAGGCGGCAGGAGCGGAACGAGAGCUGUUGGACGCACUGCUAGUUAUAUUCCGUCACACGCUACUCCCCGCCGAAUCAUUCUUUCACACUGUGCUACGAAAUACGCCCCAUUGUGACACCUAUGUGGAUAACAAUCUGCAUGUGACGAAUUGGAAGCGCAAGCUGGGCUGCAAGUGUCAGUACAAGCAUGUGGUGGACUGGUGCGGGUGUAGUCCCAAUGACUUUAAACCGGAGGAUUGGGCGCGUUUGCAGAGCACUGAGCAGAAACAGCUCUUCUUUGCUCGUAAAUUCGAGCCCAUUAUUAAUCAGGCCGUCCUGCUGCAACUGGAGGAAUGGUUAUUUGGACCGUACACCAGCGAAUAUGCGAAUCUUCAUGGGUAUUGGCAGUCCCUUUACCACAGCGAGGACGAGCAUGGCAAGCACGACGAUUUGGCGCGCACUCUCGGCGACAGUUUAAUGCGUUUGGCCGCACGGCAAUUUCAGCUGACAUCGUCGCUACAGCUCCACGAGCUUACCCACUACUUGCACCGUGAUCAGUACAAGGGAUUUCUGGUGCGCUACAGUGCUCGGCGCUCUAAUAGCACACAGUUGCUGAAACUGGAAACACGUGUCCGGCCCGUGCAGUUUGGAAAGGUGGCGAAGAAUUCGCGGUUUAGUAAACGGCUGCGUAACUUUGAGGUCUCCACUGAUUUUGAUCAGAAGGAGCAGGUGGCGCGUAACUUUGCAAAACUACUGGGACCUUACAGCGAGCUGUUGCUCAGCUAUAUGCAUCUGGGAGUGGCCUCCCAGGACACCUCACACUCCUACAACCUAACGCUAUUGUGGGUUGAUCCGUUGGGUCGCUUGCAGGACUUCAACGAACUGCAUAUCGAGGAGGCGCAAAGCGAUGUCAUCAAUCAUUCAAAGACAUUGUUGAAAGCACCCCUGACGCCGGGUAUCUGGACUGCCAAGCUGAUAGGACGCACAUCCAUUUAUGCGCAGGUGAAGUUCCUGGUCACGCCACUGGCCUAUCACAAGGGCGUACCUGUGGCGAGUGAGCAACUGGCACGCCAGCUGAAUGGCGGCAUGGGUGUGGCAUUGCCCGCUGACUUUGAAGUGCCCACAGAGUGGUUGCAGCAUUUAAGCAGCGCCAAAGAACGCGAUGCAUUGCAGCAAGAGGCAGUAGCCAAUGCUGGACGAUUUGCCGAAAGUCUACAGAACUGGAUUGAUGAAUUGGUUGGGAAAUUCUUUCAGCUACGCGAGACAUGCGGUAUCAGCAUGGUAGCUACACAAUUGUCGAAUGCAGCGCUAUCGAAACUACCACUAUGUAGUGACACCGCAUGGAGUUCCAUGGCGCCUGAUCCAAAAAGCGAUGUUGAGGCGCUGCUAAAACGGAGAUGAAGUUUGUUGUUAAAGCUAACAGAACCUGUUGUUGCUGUUGUUGUUUUCGUCUGCCUAUUCCUUGCGUUUUGUAAUAUUGUGCCGCCAUUUUUUGUAAACGUUACCAUUGAAAAUCAUUUGUUAAUUAUUCA